CACCACAUGGCAACAACUGGAUUAUGAUUCCUGUUCUCUUCUGUUUGUUCCCCGCUCCCCACAAAAAAAAAUCUCCAAUAGCAAAAGUGACUCUGGAUCCAGAGACAGCUCACCCCCGGCUCAUCCUGUCUGAGGAUCGCCUGAGUGUGACGUGCGGAGAUACGUGUGAAAAGGUGACUGACAACCCGAAGAGAUUCAACCAGCUCACGGUGGUGCUGGGGAGAGAGGCAUUCGCAGAAGGCCGAUAUAGUUGGGAAGUUACCGUGGGGAAUGAGGAAGAAUGGGCUCUGGGGGUGGCCCGAAAAUCUGUAAGAAGAAAGGGCAUGUUCAACUUCACUCCCCAGGAAGGGGUCUGGGCUAUGGGGAAGUGGAGGGGUCAGUACAGGGCCCUCAGUGAUAAUCCCUAUCACCUGCACCCCAACGGCGAGCUCAAAAGGAUACGAGUGACUCUGAACUACACUGGGCAGCGAGUGGCCUUUUUUGAUGUCGACAGAGGAAACCCCCUUCUUGCCUUUGCAGGAGGUUCCUUCUCUGGAGAAGACCUUCUCCCCUUCUUCUGGCUGCAGGAAAGAGCCCAUCUCACGCUCUCUCCUUAGAACAGCCAAAAUAGUGCAGGAGGUCGGAAGAAAAAUAUUGCACUUUUGCCUGCUAGAUGGUUAUGGGGGGCGGGCAACUGGGAGUUUUGGGACGAUCUGGGGAAAACACUCUUGGUGCAUUUGAAUGACUAGUGAAUGCCUAGAAGGGCAAAAUGAUCUCUUCAACCAUUCCCUAAUAUGGAUUCCUUCUCCCCAUGGCCCCCCAAAAUUGAUUUACCACUUCAAACAUGUCAAUACUACCUAUAUGCCAAAAAGGCCACCCUACAUGGUAAAUUUAUUUGGGGGUAAGGUUGUGAUUGAACUAUUGUGAUCAUUGUGAAAGUCGACAAUAUUUCAUUUUAUAGCACUUUCCCCGUUAAAAAUAAUCGGCAGUUUGUUCAGCAAAAGUAUC